UAGGGGAUCCCAAACCUCCAUGGAAGAUUGCAAGAACUUUCCUUUGGGAAGGGCAUGCCCUGGGGGAGGUUAUUUUACAUGAUAAAAGCAGACCUUUCCCUGAUUCCUCUUUAAAGGGAUGUGUUUUUACGUUGUUUCUGCUGGGGACGGAUUGAUACAGUCGCAGGUGAGAGUAGGAUGUUUCUCAAAGGAGAAAGCUAUUUAAAAUCUAUAGUAUAGAGUAGAUACAAGCAUUCACGUUUUGUGAGUUUGAGAGAAUGUGGAUACUAGUAGAGCCCAGUGAGUACAUUAGCGAAGGCUCCCUAAUUGUUGAAGGGUAAGCCUUUAUGAGUUGUUCUGUCACAGUAGUUAUCCAGUAUCCAGUAUCUGUUUUGUUCUAGGUAGGAUCUCUUAUGGAUUCUUUUGGGAGUUGCAGAUUAAGUCCAGGUUUAUACCCUUAGGAGUUUGCAGUCUAAAUCGAGUUUGGAGGAGAGAGUGAUACGGUGGAGGGAGAAUGGCUCCCUUGAUAGAAACAGAAAAGGUCAAAGCUGCUAGGGUGUUGUGUCUAAUGCAGGGGAUGAAAGAAAUGGGAAGGUAAAGGUGACAAAUUGAAGACGGGUGGAGAUAAGGUGGAGUGUCUUGAAGGACAUGCUGAAGGUAUUGUAGUUAAUGGCCUAGUAAAUAUUAGCAUUUCCACUAUUGAGAAGCGUUAUGAAAUGAAGAGUUCACUUACUGGCCUGAUAUCAUCAAGUUACGAUAUUUCAUUCUGUUUGCUGUCUUUAUUUGUAUCAUUCUUUGGUGAAAGAGGACACAAGCCAAGAUGGCUUGCAUUUGCAUCCUUCAUGAUAGGACUGGGAGCACUUGUAUUUUCAUUGCCACAAUUUUUCAGUGGAGAAUAUCAGUUGGGAUCCGUUUUUGAAGACACUUGCUUAAUAACAAGGAAUAGUACCAGUUGUACCUCUUCAACCUCUCCACUUUCUAACUACUUGUAUGUUUUCAUCUUGGGACAACUGUUGCUGGGGACAGGAGGAACUCCUCUCUACACCCUGGGAACAGCCUUUAUUGAUGAUUCUGUGCCCACACACAAAUCUUCUCUCUAUAUAGGAAUUGGCUAUGCUAUGUCAGUCUUAGGUCCUGCUAUUGGCUAUGUGUUGGGAGGACAGCUGCUAACCAUGUACAUUGAUGUUGCUAUGGGACAAAGUCCUGAUGUCACUGAGGAUGAUCCACGAUGGUUGGGAGCUUGGUGGAUUGGAUUUCUUCUAUGUUGGAUCUUUGCUUGGUCAUUGAUAAUACCUUUUUCUUGCUUUCCAAAACAUUUACCAGGUACAGCAAAAAUUCAAGCUGGAAAAACUUGCCAGGCUCAUCAGAAUAAGAGUAUUUCCUUGCAACAUUCAGAUGAGAAUUUUGGAAAAAGUAUUAAAGAUUUUCCAGCUGCACUGAAGAAUUUGGUGAAGAAUACUGUCUUUAUAUGUUUAGUUUUAUCAACUUCUUCAGAAGCGUUAAUUACUACUGGAUUUGCUACAUUUUUACCUAAAUUUAUAGAAAAUCAAUUUGGAUUGUCAUCCAGCUUUGCAGCUACCCUUGGAGGGGCUGUUUUAAUUCCUGGAGCUGCUCUUGGUCAGAUUUUAGGUGGUUUCCUUGUGUCAAAAUUCAAAAUGACAUGUAAAAAUACGAUGAAGUUUGCGUUGUUCUCAUCUGGAGUUGCAUUUAUGCUGAGUUUUGUAUUUCUUUAUGCCAACUGUGAAAAUGAGCCAUUUGCUGGUGUGUCUGAAUUAUAUAAUGGGACAGGAGAACUGGGAAACUUGACAGCCCCUUGUAAUGCCAAUUGCAACUGUCUGCGCUCAUAUUAUUAUCCUGUCUGUGGAGGAGAUAGAGUCCAAUAUUUUUCUCCCUGCUUUGCAGGUUGUUUAAACUCAGUUUCAAAAACAAAACCAAAGAUAUAUUAUAAUUGUUCCUGUAUUGAGAGGAAAGCAGAAAUAACAUCUACUGCAGAAAGUUUUGGUUUUGAAGCUAAAGCUGGAAAGUGUGAAACUCGAUGUGCAAACUUGCCCAUAUUUCUUGGCAUUUUCUUUGUUACAAUUAUUUUUACCUUUAUGGCUGGUACUCCUAUAACUGUGUCCAUCCUAAGGUGUGUUAAUCACAGGCAGCGGUCUCUAGCAUUGGGAAUACAAUUUAUGUUGCUUCGAGUAUUGGGCACAAUACCUGGACCAAUUAUAUUUGGUGUCACAAUAGACAGCACAUGUAUGCUUUGGGAUAUUAACGAAUGUGGAACGAAAGGAGCUUGCUGGAUUUAUGAUAACAUCAAGAUGGCCCAUAUGCUAGUAGCCAUAACUGUUACUUGUAAAAUUAUCACCAUUUUCUUCAAUGGGUUUGCAAUCUUUCUGUAUACACCACCAUCAUCUGGCACAGAUGUGUCAUUUCAAAAUCAGAAUGGAGUUGUGACUACUGUUUCAGUACAACAGGAUUUCAACAAAGUAGGAAAAGAAGGGUGAAAUGAAGAGACUACUUUUACGGCUGGAAAAUUCACCUCCAUUUCUAAGAACACACUUUGCCAUGGCAGCAUUACUUACCAAAUAUGGACAAUUAUAUUUUAAAAAUUUAUGUUUUAUAAUCAAAUGUAUUUUUAUACAUGUGUGGACUCAUCUGUUUUUUUAAUACAAGAAACAAACCUGUGCCUUCAAAGACCACCAAAAGCCUCAAACACACACACAUACACACACUCAUCUACCAUUGUCUAGGUAUGAAAUCCUCAGCUAAUAACAAGAAAAAAAGCCAGCAACUGGUUAAAAGUUUACAUUUUAGAAACAGCGAUGUUUCUAUCCCUUUUAUAACUUGUUUCAUUUUAAUUUUCAUGCCAAUAGUUUGAGUUUAUUUAGAAAAUUUGUGGGAUAAAAAUUUAAACUAAUCAAAUUUAUGUGAUGAUUUCUUGGAAUUAUUAUUGAAAGCCCAUGAAUUUAGUGCCAGCUUUAUCAUGUAAUUUGUUUAAUUUACAUGUUUAAAUGUAGCCUGGCCUUUCUUUAUCGAAACAAGUUAUUAAACUAUUAGAAUAUAGCUUACUCAUCCUCUUUGUGUCCUAGUAUGUAAUGAAUGCAGAAAUAUCAGCACUGUGGACAUUGGAGACUCAAAAGGAAGGAUUGUGGGAGGGGGUGAGGGAUGAAAUUACUUGUGUACAGUAUACACUGUUGGGAUGAUGGGUACACUAAAGUCCAGACUUCACCCCCAUACAAUACAUACUUGUAAUGGAAUUCAACUUAUACCUCCUAAAUCUAUUAAAAUAAAAAUAAAAUAUUUAAAUGA